AUGGCCCUCUACGGGGCGCCCAUCUGGGCGGAGGCCCUCACCACCAGACUGCGGCUGCUUCUGCGCAGACCGCAGAAGCUAAUGGCGGUGAGGGCGAUUCGGGCGUACCGGACGGUUUCCGGAGCGGCGGCAUGCGCCCUGGCUGGAUCCGCACCCUGGGAGCUCGAGGCGUCCGUCCUCGAGCAGACCUACAGGUGCCGUGCGGAAGCCAGGGCACGUGGAGAGCGCCCCACACUAGAGGAGCUAGUGGGGGUUCGGCGUGCCGCCAAGACCGCCGUCCAGGCGGGGUGGGAGGAGGCACUCCGAUCGGCCAGAUACGGGGAGCGCACCGUCCAGGCGCUGCUCCCUGUACUGGCCGAUUGGAGAAAGAGGAGGCACGGGUCCCUCACCUACCGUCUUGUUCAGAACGCCCAAGGACGUAGCCGGUACACCCUGGGGCCAACACUGACAAUCCUCGACUUCAGUCUGAGAAUUGUCAGUGAGGGCGCGAAGCGAUCAACACGGCCCGGCCAUGCGUUUCUGGGGGUGGACCAUGGCUCGUGGUGGGCAGUCUAA